CUCUCCUCCAUGUUUGAUUCUUUUGCUCGCUGCAUCUGAAGAUUCUCUUAUUCAGCUUGAACAUAUUUCCGCUGUCGUCACUAGACGGUGAGAACUAACACCAAACGACGAACAUGGGCGACGCCGUCCAUCCUGGGGCUCUUGAGGCAAUCAACAUUCCUAGUGCCCCUCCUCAACAGUUAUCCCCUCAUCUAACCUUGCAACCACCGCUCUCCCGCCGCGGCUCCGGGCCGGGCCUCAUUCUUGUUGUGGAUCAUUAUGCAAGACUAGAAGUCAGUGAAAAAUCCCUCGAUCCACCGCCGUUGCAAAAAUGGGCCGAAGAGGGUUUCGCGGUGGUGCAAAUAAAAGUACCUGGGAAGGCAGAAGAUGGAGGCGAGUUUGGCUUGGAACGUGGACUACAAGCAUUGAGGGACUGCAAACAGUGCAUAUGGGGAGACGGUGUCGGCCUGAUAUCAUACGUUACGCGAAUACCCUUCUACGUUGAGGAAGCUGCUUGCCACUCGCCACACAUCAAAGCCCUCAUAUCGUACGGUGGUCGGAAGUUCACAUCCAUUUCGUCGUCCACAAAUGCAAACUCCACCUUACCACCCCAGCUUGUUCAUAUCUCUGGCGCUGAGACGACCCGGCGAGAGUCAAUUUCCAUAGUGCAAAAUGCCGACAUCUCAUCUUCCACGACACCUGAAGGUCCUGUAAAGACAUUUCGCUAUGUCAACGCAAGGCAAGAAUCGAAGUGGGUGCUCCCCGCCGACGAGGACUACCACAGUAUAUCGGCCGGUAUAGCACACACACGUAGCCUCGCAUUCGUUAAGCCCCUGCUCAACGGGCCCUACUUUGAUCUCGAAGCCAUAUGGGAUGAGCACUGCCGGCAUGAGUUUGGUGAGCGCGACGUUGCGCGCACAAUGGCUACGAUGGUAGCUCAGCCUUAUGUCAACCAUAUCCCAACAUUGACCGGAGGUAUCGGGCAGGAGCGCUUGACAGCUUUCUAUAGCAACCAUUUCGUACACGCCAACCCGGACGAUACGGAGCUUGAGAUGGUCAGCCGUACCGUUGGAAUUGACCGUGUUGUCGAUGAGUUCGUCUUCAAACUCACUCACGAUCGUCAGGUGGACUGGCUGCUUCCAGGCAUCCCGCCCACAGGGAAAUAUUUGAAGAUUCCAUUCACGGGUAUCAUCGGUAUGCGAGGUGAUCGAUUGUGUCAUGAACAUAUCCAUUGGGACCAGGGUACAGCUAUGCGGCAGGCAGGCCUGCUCCCAGAAUGGACGAAAUUUCCAUACCCUAUCGACGGGAAAGAGGCACCAGCUGGAAAGAGAUUUGAAGUGAACUUACCGACCACUGGGGUGGAUACAGCAAGAAAGUUGGUGGAUGAAGGAGCUUUAGAGAGCAACAGUCUGAUGGACGCAAAAUGGAGGGAGGUAGACGAUGUGUAAUGCAGUAAUGCAUGGAUCUCAACCCAAUUCUUGGAGCCGAUGUACUUACCGGAGGCUAAUGACUUUUCUAUCUCUAGCUGUGGAAGCAGCGUGUGUUUGCUGUAUUUCGAAGGUGGUAGUACCAUCACCUAGAAUGCCUUUGCACAUCAAGUUACAGCGUCGAUGGAAGGGUCGGUUGAAGACUGCUGAGAUUAC